UAUAUAAGUUUGUCCAAUUCAAAGCUGAAUGCUUUCACUUUCAGAUCAUCCAUACAUCCAUACACGAACUUGAUUAAUACUACAUAAAUAUCUUAUGCUAGAAGAACCUAUUUAUUAGUAUAUAUAUUUUGUGUUUUAACCAACAACAACACAAAAACUAAGUAGCUCCUUAUUUUCUCCGAGUCCGAGGUCUAUUGUAGUUUCACUGUCCCUCCCUCGUUUCAGCUCAAAUCUGCAAAUUGGAUUAUUGCAUUGAUUAAGCAAUCUCACACCAAAGUUUUGGAGGCUUCCAUUCAUUAAAUUUUACGAGUUUGUGGCUUUCAAACACUUGUAUGGGGAAUUGCGUGGCUAAGCCUCAAGCUAAGGAUAAUGAUUUUGAUGAUAAUGUGGAGUUUGCUGGUGGGAAUGUGAAACUUAUUACCACCAAAGAAUCUUGGGACCAAAAUUUGGAAGAAGCAAGGAGGGAUGGAAAAAUUGUGAUUGCGAAUUUCAGUGCAACAUGGUGUGGUCCUUGUAAGAUGAUUGCGCCAUAUUACUGUCAGUUAUCCGAGAAAUACUCAUCUAUGAUGUUCUUAUUAGUUGAUGUGGAUGAACUAACUGACUUUAGUACUUCAUGGGACAUCAAAGCCACACCAACUUUUUUCUUUCUUAAAGAUGGACAACAAGUUGACAAACUUGUAGGAGCCAACAAGGUAGAGCUGCAGAAAAAGAUUGUUGCCAUUACUGAUUCAGUUCCUCAGUGACAGUUGUUUUAUUCCUGUUUGUAAGGUGUUGUUGACUUUCUGCCUUUCACCAAAUCACAACUCGUGGUGUUGAGUGUUCUACAUGUUUUUGCUGUGAAUGUCUUUUGUAUUUGAUGUAAAUAUA